AUGUCUGAUCUCGGCAACACCAGCACCGCGGCCACCGCCAACGAUGCUGCUACUGCCGCAGCGGUCGCCGCGCUGUCCGCCCCUGGCACUCCUCAAGAUGCGCUUCAACAGCAGGGUCAGCUUCAGCAAGGCCAGCUCCAACAGCCUUUGAUCCAGAAUCAGCCUGCGCCAAGUGUGAACUCGGCUGGCGAGAAUUUGCAGUGCCAGUGGCAAGGAUGCGGCGAACGCUGCAGCACUCCUGAGGCUCUUUAUGAACACGUCUGCGAGCGUCACGUUGGCCGCAAAUCCACCAACAACCUCAACUUGACCUGCGCCUGGGGCACCUGCAGAACCACCACCGUCAAGCGUGACCAUAUCACCUCCCACAUCCGCGUCCAUGUCCCCUUGAAACCUCACAAAUGUGAUUUCUGUGGCAAGGCCUUCAAGCGGCCUCAGGAUCUCAAGAAACAUGUCAAGACCCACGCCGACGAUAGUGUCAUCAUGCGCUCUCCCAAUCUUGAACCGAAUGGUGGACAGCGUCAAUCCCAGAACGGCAUGCCUCAAGGUGGGGACUUCGCCUCAUACUAUGGCCAUGGUCUGACAGGACAAGUCGCCCAAAGCUACUAUGGUCCUGCUAUGCCGGGACCUCAGGAUUACACAGGUCAACAUCAUGCAAACCAGUACUACCAGCCGCAUUCCUCGGUUCCCACAGGACAGCAUCCGGGCUAUGGGCCCGUGACGUACUACAGCACCACUACAACAGCAGGUCCCUAUGAUUUCGAGGCUCGCAAGCGCGGCUAUGAUGCUCUCGAUCAGUUCUUUGGUCAAGUCAAGCGCAGAGAGCUCGACCCGGUUAAUUUCCACAACAUCAGCCGUCGCCUGUUUGAACUCCAAGGGCUUCAGCUUCCUCAAAUCAUCCCAUCCAGCGUCCCGGCCCCUGCCUAUCAGCCUGUCUCGGUUGGAGGAGCCUUUGACACGUCUGACCCAAUCCAAGCUUACAGCCUUCCGCCAAUGGGCAACGCCAAGACCCGAGAAGACUUGACCUCCAUUGAUCAGAUUCUCGAGCAGAUGCAAGCCACCAUCUACGAGAACGACACCCACCUGGGAUCUACUGGUGUUGGCCAGUCUGGUUCGAACUACGUCGCGUAUCGUACCAGCAACAGCCCCCCGAGCACAGGCCAGAUGGCAUCUACUGCUGCUCAGAGCAACCCAAUUGCGCUGCUUCAACAUCAACACCAAGCCAGUGUCGCAAGCACCGCCGAUGCCAGUACGCCAGGCCUCACUCCUCCCUCGUCUGCACAGAGCUACACGUCCGGUCAGAGUCCGAUGCAAGGUCAUGCAGCACCCACCAGCAACGCCAUGUAUCCCAGCUUGCCAUCCAGUGCCAGUGACAUGGCUUAUGCUGCCGCCAAUGCUGCCACUCUCAGUGGUAUCUACGAGAGCGAGGAACGUCGUCGCUACAGUGGUGGAAUGCUUCAACGAGCCGCGCCUGCCAAGGGCAGAGAUGAAAUGGACACCGUUAGCGACGGUUCUGCCACCCCACCGGCCUUGGGCUCGAAUCAACAAGACAAGGGCAAGGACAAGGAUUCUCCCCAAGAAAGUGUCAUUGACCCUGCUCUUGCCGCCGAGGCUGCCAGCACCCCCAAGGGCGACCCCAGAGAUGCCGACCAAGAGCAAGUCUGGGUCCAGAACAUGCGCCUCAUCGAAUGGAUGCGUGAGUUCAUCAAGAAGAAGUUGGAGAGUGGCGAAUACGAAAAUGAGAAUGACACCAAUCACACUUCACCGCAGCACGGAGGCGAACUUGACCAUGACAUGACUGGAACCGGCGACCAGAAGCAAGAGAAAACGGAAGAGGAGCAACUCUACCCUGUCCUUCAAGCUGUUGCAGAGAACGCUUAG